AUGACGAUCGCCGCUACCUUCAAAUUGAAGACCCAGCCGGGCAUCACGCUCACCAAACGCAGCGCAGCAAAGGACCGUGUGUUCGAGACGUUGGGUGACCUCGCAGAGCAUGCGGAGCACGUCGCGAACGCGCAGCAAGCGGACGCGUACAGGAUCCAGAUGAAUUCGAGAGCAGCGGGAAUUGCAAAUGGCGCUGAAGCUGCGAACGCAGUGGCCGCGCUGUCUGCCAUUCGCGGCAAGGGGGGGAGUACCAAACGACAGCGUCUCUUCGCCGACCGGUUGACUGAGGUGCUGUUCACAGGUUGGAACAACGUGGUCAUGUUCUCCUCGCCGCGGGGCGGACAAAGGUGGUCAGGCGCGCUACUCGUUGCAAGUGCGCAGUCGGCUUACGUGCCCAGCGUUGCGCCGAUCGCGGUAGCCGUUCUGGCAUGCGACGGGGGUGCCUUGGGGGCGUGGUCGAACAAGUGCCGUCAAGUUGCAGUAGCGAAGAUUCGGCGCGGGCGGUGGCGCAGAGACGCCCUGCGAUGUUUCGAGCGGGAGUGCGCGAAUGAUGCGUUCUCGGGUGAAACUGGCGACGGUCCAGAGUCGAGGCAGAACGUGGUGGCUGUGGAAACUUGGUUGAGACGACGGAAAACGUUCGUGUGGGUGCACGCGACGGAAGACACAAUUGACUUCAUGCAGGUGGCGCAAAGCGAGAGGUGGGCGCUGGGAGACGCCGUUGGAGUCUGCGUGGGAGCGGUUGUCUGGUGCAUGUCAGGGCACGUCAUUCGCGUUGCCCGAGGGUGGAGCGCGCUGCGCGGCGUGGCUUUGCUUGAGAGGUCCGCCCCGUGGAUGCGGUCCGCUGCAGGCGCUCGCGUGGCCGAGGGCAAGAACAAUAGUGUGCUCGCAGGGCCCUCUGUCGGAUCGGUGAACGAGCGGCGUGGUGGCGAUUUCGCGCGCAGCGCGCGCGAGGGCGGAGAGUGUCUGGCGCUGCCGGGCCCUCAGAACCCACGGUACUAUUGUUUCAUGAAUGCCUCUGCGCAAGCGCUCUUCGCGAUCCCCAGCGUGCGAGCCGCGGCGCGCGUCGCGCGGCAGAGAAGCCCGGCCGAAUGGGGCGGGCGGUCUUUCGCAGAGAGAGGGGACGCGGCGCAACGAGCGGGGGGGGAGCCGGAUUUUGACGGUCUGCUGGCUCAGACCUUGGUAGAAAUGGAACUCGGUAGUUCGACGCGGCCUAUAAAGUUGGAAGCCAUCCCGCGCGUAUUCUACAACCGAUGCCAGGAGGACGCAGAUGAAUUCUUGCAAGAGCUUUUGCAAGUGGAACGCGCGCGCGACGUGUGUCAAGUGUUCCGCAUGGAGAAGGUGGAGCGACUCGUGCGCGCGCGGCCCUGCUGCGGCGGCGUCCGGAAAGUCAGGGGGGACACCGAGCUCACGUGUUUGAAACUGCAUAUCCCGAAGAGCCGCUGCAAAGACAUCCUAACAGUUCAAGACGUCGUCGGCGAGAGUUCGAGGGGUGAUCACAUGGUGUCGGAAUUCAGGUGGGAGUGCCCGAAGGAGUGCGGCUGCGCAGAGGCCACGAAAUACUGGUGUAUUACAAAGACUCCUCCGUGUUUAUGGGUGCAGCUGCUCGCGCAAACGUGCGACGCCGUGACGAGGAGAGUUAAGAAGAUUCGACACAUGCUUCGUCCUUGCGAGUCCUUGGUCGUCAGCGGUCAGAAGUUCAAGCUUGUGAGUUGCGUGUUUCACCACGGAGAAGGAUUUCAUGGCGGGCAUUAUAACGCUUGCUGUCUGCGCGCGGGGGCCACAGGCGCGCGGUGGGAGAUGCGCGAUGGCUGCUCCGUGAGAUCGAGCGCUCCGCCGUCCCACGUGCAAGGUUGGAAGACGCGCGAGGAUUCCACAGUGCACUUUUUGAUGUACGUUCGCGAAGAAACCGCCACGGCAUGUGACAGUGCGCCAGUGGGCGUGGUUCGAGCGAGCGAGUCCAGCGGCGCGAACGCAUUGGCGUCUAUCGGGGGAGGAGGACUGGGCGGCGCCAGUGCAGAUCAACAUGCUGGAGGCUUGCUGAACGAUUCAUGGAAUGAUUGCGCAGUGGAGUCGCUGCAGGGAACGGGAGCGCGACGAAGGGACUCGGCCAUGGAAGCCGUCGGUGCUCGGCCAGGUCGUCCGCCAGCGGUGCGCAUGUUGCCUGGGGAUCUCUUCGCUCCCGUGCGCGUGCUCCGAGAAGCCGACUUCCGUGCGUUGAGAAUUUUGCACAAUCAAUGGACGCCGACAGAAUCGUGGACUCUUGCGGGCGCGGGUUUCGCGCCGGCGGAGCUGCUCGGCCACUUGAAGGACGCGCGGGGAGACGCCGAGCCAGCGACGCGUGUGCUCAAGGAAGAGUGGGUGCAGGAGUGGGCGGGGCGGCGCCGAGCACAGGAAGUUCUGUGCGACGCGCUGGAAGGGGGCGAGAAGAGACAGGAAAGCGUUGCCGGCGCAGUGGGCGGUGACAUUGCGUGGAGGCAAAAGCCGGAUGCGCUCGCGACGGCGACUCGCGCCCGCGCGACAGGGGAGAGCGCGCCGCCUUGCGACGCCGUGGCCGGGAGAGGCGCCGAGUUGGAAAGGCGAAGGCUCGAAGGUGGCGCCGACGGUGUAGAGCGCCCAAGGGAGCUGUCGGGAGUUCUUCCUCCAGCGCCGCAUCCGGCAUCGCGGCCGAGUAGAGAGCGCGGGGGGGCCAUCCGGGGUUUCGAGUCGGAGUCGCAGCUGUCAGACCGCACGAGCGGGAGGAUCAAACCACGUUGUGACGGAGCGAUCGGCGGCGAUAGGAAGAACACGAAGGACGCGUGCAGUGCGAAGCGCAGCGGGGAAGGGCAGACGCAGGACAACGGGGUGGCAGAUGCAGCAGAACAGAAUGCAGGAGCAUCUCAUGUUUAUCGCGUCCGAGCCGUUGACAGUCGUGCAUCUGCCGACAGGUUGCGCGGGGCAAGGGAAGUCGGUCUGGAAGCGAUCGCAAAUUCAAUCAAAUAUCAGCCCACGGUCUCCGCAUUCUCAGCGAAUGGCGCAUCGCUGGUUAACGGAAGCAUCCGGUCGCACGGGGCAGUGGUUCUGCCGAAGAAACAUUGCGCAUUCGAUGGGUGCCCUUGGCAAGGGGCUGCAGAGGCGGAAUGUCGAGCGCAUGCGGUUGGAAACCACGCAGCAGUGCUGGCCCCGGUUGCGGCAGCGCCGGCGUGCACUUCGACGGAAGAUGCGACGCAGAAGGAUAUCAAGUAUUGGUCUGUGUACAACGAGGCUAUCGCCUGGAAGAUUCGAAAAGGAGCGCCUCUCGCGGCGUUGGCGAUCGAUCGGCCAUGUCUUGAUGACUACGCGCGCGGGCUGGGCGAAGACGCUGUGAGCAGUCUGAUCUUCAUGGUCUGUGCGCGGAAGUUUCCAUUCGUCGAGGGGCAGAAGGGGGAUGCUAUCCAGUGGCAGAAAGUUUUGUUCAACGGGGGCGAUUUCUUCGGUCUCCCAAGCGAUUUCGUGAGGAUACACAUGUCCGUGGACGCGUGCGUGGAGCGGUUCGGCGAGGUCAGCUGCGACAGCGAGGAGAGUUGCGGCGUGCAUCUGCGAGAUCGGCCAGAAGAGUUCGACGACUGGCAUGUGUCGGUGCUUUCAGGUGACGGCCCAGUGAAAGUGUUGUGUUGCCCCGAGGAUUUGCGAUGCGCAAGCGGCAUUAGGCACUCCGAGAACCAAACGUGUUCUCGUUGUGAAGCUCUUUUGUGUUGGGAAUGCCGGAGCGGCACGCAGGGGCCGAGUGGGGGACCUCUCUUGCCUCCCGCGGCGCUCGCGAAUGAUUCGAUGACUUUCUAUUAUCCAGAGGAGCUUUUCUGUGGGAGUGUGACGGUUCUAGAAAUGAUCUGCGCCUCCGUGUGCGUCACCUCCAUGGUAUGUUUCACACUCGAGAAGCGAUGCCGGAGCGAGCGAACUUUCGACAUGGAAACGGGGAAUAACAUGAUCCGCAUGGCCGCGCGUGGAAACGCGACGUCGUUCCCGAUGCCUUGGACGGACAUGUUGGCGCAGUUGAGCGCAGCGGAAGACUUGGCUGCAGAGCGGAAGCCGCCGUCGGUGCCUCACACGGGCGCCGAGCUGGCUGGAAUAGUGUCUGUGAUUAUGAAGUCUGGGGGCGACGAUGAUACGGCCGCAAGCAUGGCCAAGUUUGUGCACCAGGCUCUCGUUCGCAGGCACGUGGUCGUGGCUCUCAUUCAAGGAGCGAAAUCUCGCGGACACCGAGCGCACCGGAAUGUUUGCAUGGACGCAGUCCGGCGGAAAGCCUUGGAGCUUCCUGAGAACGACGUUCCAGCGGAGAUCAUGCGCCUGGCGCCGCUGGAUGACGCGUUGGAGAAGAUCCAAAUGCAAAAGGCAGCGACGCCAGUGCCUAGACCCGACGGACUUCAGGAGGCGGCGGACAUUUUGGACAGCACCAAGGGGAACGCCGUGGUGGUGGAAAAGAGUAGUUUUGACGAGGGUGAUAUAAACUCGCAGCGAAUCGAAGCUCUGCGUAGCUUCGUUCAACGACUGGACGAAGACUGCGUCCAUGAUGGAGCAGAUAAUGCAUCGAGCGACAGCGGCGAUAAUGCGGGUUGUGAGGAACACGCGGAGAAGCGCGCCCGUGUACGUGAACCAGAGGGCGCAGGAGACGGGCCCAUGAAGGUGCUCUGUUGCCCGGAGGACAUGCGGUGCCACAGCGGCACGACGCACGCCGUGAAUAGUGCAUGCACCGGUUGUGAAGCCCCUUUGUGCGGGGAGUGCGGGAACGCGAUGGCCGGGCCCGACGGAGUAAGGGGGGCGGCAGAUAUUUUGGAGAGCGCGAAGACGAACGCCGUGGUAUGUGAGAAGAGCAGCUUCGACGAGGGAGAUAUCAAUGCGCAGCGGAUCGAGGCCGUGCGAACCUUCGUGCAACGGCUGGAUGAGGAGUGCGCGCACGGCGAUGCGAACGGGGCGUCGGAUUCCAGCGAAGAAGAGGGCGGCGACGGGACGACGGAACGGGCGCGUAAACGCGUUCGCGUCCGCGAAGGGGCGGGCCCGGGGGCGGAGCAGACGUCGCGGGAGGCGGCGGAGCGCGUCAAACUGGAGCAGGCGACGACCGAGGGGAAGCGCGUGGACCGCCUUCGCGUGCGCACGGGAAACGUUAUGAUGGAUCAGUUCGAGCCCUGGUACUUUGGCGUCGCGUUCGCGUUUUUGUUCAAGUACUGCACGGGGAUGCCAGAUGGCCCUGAGUUCAUGAAGCGUCCGCGUCAUCGCAGGGGGAAUGGGGCGCCGCGUGUAGAGCUGCCACUGUGGGUGCGGAUUAUGAAGCGUCGCGUCGAGAGCCAGUUGUGUCGCGAUUGGCAUUUCGGGUUCGUGUCGUGGAACCUCGUGUUCCGCUCGGCGGUGAACCUGUGCAGGACGUGGUUCACGUACGUGGCACCGAGCGCCACGGGCGAGGUGGAACAGCUGACGCCUGAGCAGAUCGGCGAAGGCUCCAAACAGAUUUACCGCGCGCUAGACAUGAAGUACGUGGACAUCAACGGCAGAAAGCAGAAGGUCAAGGGCGACAUGACGAAAGACCCCGUGCACGCGGCAGCAGAAGAUCAGGCGCAGUCACGAGUGGCGGGGGAUCGGGAGUGGCCGCGCGUAGCCCCCGACGUCGACGAGGAGAGCGGAGACCUGUACGGCUUCUUGCCCAUCGCAGAGGGCAUGCCAGUCGCUCUGACUGAUCACAUCGGUCGCAGCGAGGACAAGAACCUCCUGCGCGGUCGCGUCGGCCGCGUUCAGUCUUGGGUUUGCGACGGGGACGCAGAGCACGAUCAGGUCACGCGGGGGGGUGAGACCAUUCUGAAGAAAACCCCGAAAGUGAUUUUUGUAUUGUUCGACGAAGGCGACGACGGAAAGGGCGGUCGGAAGCCGUGCAAGUGGACGACCGGGGGAUUGAGGACGCCUGGCUUGCACCCGGUGGCUCCGCAAAAGAAGGAGUGGUUCGUGGACAAAGGUCGUCCGCACCCGCGGCUGAAGGUGAAAAAGGCGUCAGGGCAAACUUUUAAGGGGGGUGUCAUAGUGGACCUGAGCAUCGGCGGGGGCACGUCACCUCUGUCGAGCUACGUGGCACUGACGCGGGUGCAGCGCCGCGAGGACAUGCUCAUCUUUCGCCCCUUCGACAUUGCGCCGUAUCAGAAGAAGGACGAACGGAAGGGCCCAGGCUUGUUGCUGCGCACGUUGCGCGGAGAAGACUUGGACUGGGAGGCGAUAGAGCUGGAGUUCAUGCCGUCUGGCAGGUGCGCGGUCUGCGGGUGCAGGAAGUACAAGAACAUGUACCCAACGGUCGGGCAGUGGAGCCGCGCAGAUGGGCUCCGCGUGUGCAGCGUGUGCCUGGAAGAUAAGAAGAGGUCCGGCACGCCGUGGCAAUGCAUGGAGUGUGGUCUAUGGAAGUGCCAGGAGGCGUUCCACGCGUCACAGCACCACCAGUCGAAGUUGACCACGCGGCGUUGCGUGGACUGCCCCGAGAGACGGAGUUGCCGCGUGUGCGAGGGUCGGAAGUACGAAGAAGCGUUCGCGCCGUACCAGUGGGACCUUGCAGGGAACAGCCGGUGCAGAGGGGGGAUGUGCAAAGAGUGCGAGGAGCUGAAGAAGCACCUGACGUGUUCCCGCUGCGGCGUGGAGAAGUUGGUGGACGAUUUUGCGAGGAGUGAGAGGAACGCAGAGGAGCGGAAGUGCAAAGCGUGUAAGAAAUCAAUGAGAGAGGAAGAAAGACAGCGCGCCGAGGAAGGGAAACAGAGGGUAUGCUCGAAUUGUGGGGAGUCGAAGAGUAAGGCGGAGUUUUCCGCUCACAUGUGGUGCAUCGCCUCCAAAGAGACCAUUGCAUGUACCCAGUGCGUCCAGGAUGCGGCCGCCCAACGGGACUCGGCGGCGAGGAAAGACGUGAAGGCCUGUGUUGUGUGCGAGGUGGCGCAACGGCGUGAUUUCUUCUCGCAAAAAAUGUGGAAUGGAGUGGCCGAUCGCGACCGCAAAUGCAUGCGCUGCGUCAGCGCUGGGGCUGCACAGCGGAACGCAGAUGCGAGGAAGGACGCGAGGGCCUGCGUGGUGUGCGAGGUAGCGCAGCGGCGUGAAUACUUUUCGAAUUGGAUGUGGGAGUGCGCGGGAGAUCAGCACCGCAAGUGCAAGCGCUGCAUCGAUGGCGCAAAGCUGGAGCGAGGGAAGUGGAAAUGUGUAGAAUGUAAGGGCGCUUUCGGGAGGGAGCACUACAGCAACUGGUUGGCUGGGCGAUCGACGCAGAAGGCGAAUGGGAAGCAGAGAUGCAACAUAUGUUGUGCUGGCCAUGAGCGCAAACGGAAGGAAGUCGCCGAGCGGACCCAUGCGUCGGUAACGAAAAAGCAUAAGGCUGGAUAG